UUACAAUAUAAGCAAAUUUGAAGCUCCUAAUUUAGCUCCCAUCGUCCUUUUUCCACAACAACAAAAGAAUUUUAAUCGUUCAAAAAGUCUUAAAAGAGGCAGCAUGACGAGAAUGGCAGUUGAAGAAAAGCCCAGCAACGAGAAUUUUACUACUACGACAACUCGCCCAUUUGUUCGCUCUACAUCGACUACUGGGGCCGAUAUUGGGGAAUUACAGCAGAACAUCAGUCUCGCCGAAAAUGAACUAAACAAAUUAAAGCUCGAGUUAGAUCAAACACGAAAGCAGGCGAAACAAGCUGAAGCGAAUGCGCAAGAAAGUGGUCGCACCAACCGCUCAUUGAAAACCGAACUACAAACGCUCACUGACAUGAGCAAUCGAAAAGACAGACAAGCUGAAAACUCAAAAGCAACCGCUUUUUUCUUCGAGGGACAAGUGAAAAAAUAUAUGGAUGAAAUCGAAACGGCUCGCCAAGGCAUGAGCCAUCUCAAAGUUCUCGAUGAGCAGCUUCAACAAGCAAAAAUUGAACAGGGUGACCUUGAGAAGCAGCUUACACAGGAUUGCAUAAGAACAAAAGAGCAGCUAAAGGCCAUGCAAGAAGCGCAUAACAAAACGAAGGAAGAAAUAAAGUCAAAAAUAAACGAAGCUUAUGCAGAGCUGGAGAAAGCAUCGUUGGAAACGAUGCGACUGCAGGAAGAACUACAGCAGCAAUUAGAAGCCGAAAUGUUGCAAGGUGCUGAUUUUCAAACGCUAGAAAAGGAGUACCGCCUAUUAGAACAGAAACAAAUGGACAGUGUAAAAGCGGUCCAUGAUGAGGUCAGCCAUUUGUGCAGAAAGAUUGAACAAUCAGAAACGUCGAUAACGUCGCAUGAAGAAAGCAUGAUUAUGGUAAAAGAAGAAAUGGAUCGAAUCGUAAGACGUUUGCGGGCUAUUGAUCAAUUAGACACAGCAACAGCGACAAUGGAUACCACCAAUGCUUUUGCUCCAGCAGACAGUAACGGUACAAAGACAGGCACUGAAUAACGCAAUUACUUUUUUCCAUAACAGAUACAUCUUUGUUUCAUUUGCUUAUGUAAACAAUAUACCUUUUCCUCAAAAAAUAAAGCCUCUUUUGCAUAGCGAUUACUGUCAUUCAUGAUUUGUCUCAGCCUACAAGGGUAGGCUACCGAAAGGGUAU